AUGGCGGAUCCGUGGCGCGCGAUACUGCACGUCGCCGCCGUGCUGUGCGCGCUGCACGUGGCAGCGGCGCAGUUCGAGGCGCCGGAGUUUAACAUCGCGGUGCGCAAGGCGGACAUCCCCUUUAUAAAGUGCGACGUGUGUCGCAAGAUGGCGGAGCAGCUGGACCAACAGGUGGAACGCGAGAGAGAGAAGGCGGAGCCCAAGAAGGUGAGCGAGCUGAAGGUGAUAGAGGUGGCGGAGAAGCUGUGCGACACCAAGAGCGCCAACGGCGGGUGGAUCUCGCGCCUCGACAUCGUGGAGAGCGGCGACCUGCUCAAGCUGAUAGAGCACGAGGAGGAUGGAGAGUGUCUGUCGGAGUGCAAGACCAUUCAACGCGCUUGCCAGGACAUCAUGGGGGAGCAUGACACGGACAUAGCAGAGAGGAUAUACAGCGAUGAGCCCUCGCAGUCCUCCCUGCAGCGCUACCUCUGCCACGACCUCAGCAAGGCCUGCGCCUCCAAGCCGCCGCCCGUGCCGCAGGACCGAGAGCCCGGGGAGAACUGGCAGAAGAAGGAUAACAGCCCGCCGGACUACAGCAAGAUGGCCAAGGAGAUGAACAUCCCCACCAGCGUCAUGCACGAUGAGGCGGCCAUCAAGAACAUCAAGAUGCCCAAGGGCAUGGGCAUGCCUGAAGAGGUAUUUAAACGCCAGCAGGAGAAGCAAGCAGCCGAGGAGCCGAAAGCAGCAACCGGGGGCAAGAAGAAGAAGAAAGGGAGCAAGAAGGGCGGCAGCAGCAAGAGCAAGGAGGAGCAGAUGGGGGAGGUGUAUGCACAGGCGGAGGAGGCGGCCAAGGGGGGCCGGGAGGAGAUUGUGAAGUUUGUUGAGAAGAUGACCGGGAAGAAGGUGGAGGACAAGGAACCAGAGAGUGCUGGGAGCAGAGAGGGGAGGGAGGUGGUGCUGGGGGAAGGAACGGAGGGAUGGAAUGAGGCAGAGCAGCGAGAAUGGGGCAGGUGGGGAUGGGGGUGUGAGGAGGAGAAGGUGAUGGGUGUGUGUCGAUGGGGAUUCGGGAACAUUGGAUUGGUUGCAGCACCCUGCCUGGACCACAGAGAAGUCUCUCCCUCCCCUAAUCCCCCUUCUCUCUCCACUUCCCACACCCUCAGCAUCAUGACGCUCUGCACGGCUGUUGUAGGUACAGGAGGCGUGUGGGAGAGGCAGCAGGUACGUGUGCAACUGCAGCUGCGGGUGCGAUCGGUGCUGCUCGUGCAGUUGUUACUGCGCGAGCGGAUGCUGUUGCGGGAGCGGGAGAAGCUGCGCGUGCGGCUGCUGCUGCGUGUGCGUCUGCUGCUGCGCGGCUGUGCACGUGCGGCAGCAGGGGCUCGCGGGGCUGCAGUGGCAUGUGCGGUCGUUGCUGCUGCGCGCGUAGAUGUGGCGGUGAGUGCGGCUGUGGCUGUGCGCGCAAUUGCUGUUGCGCGGACGGCUGUUACUGUGCGGGCAGCAGAGCGCGAGCAGCGGCGUAAGACCGACGGGCUCCGGAGCGGGACGGACGGGCGGGUCUGUGCGGGGCGGGCAGCGCAAGGCGGGCAGCGCGCAGGGCGGGUAGCGCGGGGCGGGCUGUGCGGAACGGGGCGGGUAGCGCGGGGCAGGCAGCGCGAGGUGGGCAGCGUGCAGGUACGGGGUGGGACGGGGCAGCACGCUAUUAGCAGCUGGAUACUACGUGCGGGGAGGGGCAGGGCGCGGCCCGCUAAGGACCGGGGCGGGGCGGGCUAA